AAAAGAGCAAAAAUACAGGAAAAAAUAAACACUCCGUUAAUGUUUUUAAAAAAGGAGUUGUAAAACCAAGUGAUUCCAAAAAAACAGUAAAAGUUACAAAGAAGGGAGUAAAAAAAACAUUAAAUAAAAAUGCAUCAAAGAAAAAAUUGCUUAAAAUGAAAGAUGACGAUAAGGAUUCAAAGAAGAAAAAAAUGAAACUAUCUAUUCGUUUUAAAAAGCCCAAAACCUUGAAAUUAGCUAGAAAUCCAAAGUGCCCAAGAAUUGUAAAAUCUUGUCAUAGUAAAGCAUUAGACAAAUAUGGAUUAAUAAAAUAUCCAUUAACAUCUGAAAAAGCUAUGAAAAAAAUCGAAGAAAUAAAUACUUUAGUUUUUAUAUGUGACAAAAGAGCAAAUAAGAAAAACAUAAAAAAAUCUGUAAAAAAUUUAUUUGGCAUCGAGUGUGAUAAAGUUAAUGUCUUGAACACAUUGAAUGGAGAUAAAAAGGCCUACGUUCGUUUGUCAGGAGAACACGACGCUUUAGAAGUUGCAAACAAAAUAGGAAUAUUAUAA